AUGUUCCUGAACGGCCCGGUGACAUUUCGCCCCCAGGACCCUUAUCGAAUGCUUGGCGGCGACCCCCGUCUUCGCUCUUGGCAGGUCCGGUCACAUUCGUUUACUCCUCCGGUACUAUCACACAUUGCGCUGAUGCCCCGAUUGCGACACGACAUCGGCGACAUCGGCAACAUCGGGGGCGUCCAACCGACAUACAUCUUGACAGGUCGCGCGAGCACAAUCUUUCACUACUUCACCCACCCCAACCACUUCAGAAUGCCUCCUGCCACCUCAGAUGGACCCGGUCCAAGGGUAUUCGGCGUGCCUCGGCGAACGCUAGGAAUAAUUCUACUCCUGGUGGUAGUCGUGCUUUGGACAGCAUCGAAUUUCCUCGGUAGCACAAUCUUCGCCGACAGAACGUACCCGAAACCCUUUUUCGUGACUUAUACAAACACGUCGAUGUUCAUAAUACCCCUCUUCACAAUCCUUAUCCGACGCACAUGGGGGCUCUGGCGCCAGGGGAAACUCUCACAGAUCACCUCGCUCAAGAGCUUGCUGCGACAUUUGGAUUCACAUGAUCCUAAAGCUGAGGAGGAGAGUAUUCUACAUGGCGACUCGGACGAGGAAGGUGCACGGAUUAGCUCCAGUCAGGAUGCUUCAAAUGCCAAGCUGGGCUUGAAGGCUACGGCUAAAUUGAGUGUUCAAUUUUGUAUGCUUUGGUUUGUUGCAAACUACUUUGCCAUGGGAUGUCUCCAGUUCACUACCGUCGGGAGUACAACUAUCUUGACUUCCACUAGUGGUGUUUGGACUCUGAUCUUCGGUGCCUUGAUUGGUGUUGAGAAGUUCACUGCGCGUAAAUUCUUGGGUGUUAUUGCUUCAUUGAUCGGCAUCAUCCUGAUUUCGCGCGUGGACCUCACCAAGUCAGAUGACGCAGGCGCAGCCUCAGACGGCAGCGAGGGCUCAUUCCCGCACAAGUCAUCUGGAGAAAUUGCCCUCGGUGAUGCCAUGGCUGCCUUCAGCGCCAUAAUGUAUGGUCUUUACACCAUCGUGAUGAAGAAGCAAGUUGGCGACGAGUCCAAGGUGGAUAUGUCACUAUUCUUCGGGCUAGUUGGAUUCUUCAACGUUGUCCUUCUAUGGCCCGGUUUCUUCAUUUUCCACUGGACUGGAAUUGAGACUUUUGCCUUGCCGGAGACGAGCCGAGUUUGGACGAUCAUUCUGUCCAACUCGCUUGCAUCUUUCGUGUCUGACAUUUUUUGGGCCUAUGCCAUGCUCCUUACCACACCACUCGUCGUGACUGUCGGCCUCAGUCUAACCAUCCCGCUUUCUUUGGUUGGACAGAUCGUCCUACAGGGGCAAUACGCCAGCGCGUUAUAUUGGGUUGGAGCAGCUAUUGUGUUCUUGUCAUUCUUGGUUGUUAACCAUGAGAGCAAGACACAGGAUGAUCUUGCUAAUUCUAGUGGAGCAGGCGGGCCCUCUUCCGGCGAGUAUGACAGCAUUCCUGCGGAGGAAGAGGAGAUGCGUUAA